UUAUUUAAUUAAAGAUGGCAAAUAAGAAGCAAAAGAAGAAAGCUAAUAAGAACAACAAUAAUACUUUAGAUACUACUAAUAACACUUCAUCUUCAGUAGCAAAAACGACAGAAACAGCGCAACAAGCAGCUCCUCCAGCAUUAUCACAAUUAUCAAAGAAUGAUGAUAAACAAGCGAAAGUAAAGGAAAAGGAAAAGGAAAAAGAAAAAGAAAAGGAAGCAACUAAUGUUGAUGAUGAUCAACAAGCAGAAGAGCCUCAACAAAAGGGAUUUAAAGGUCAAGCUAAAAAAGAUAUGCAAGCUGUCGAAGGAUACGUUGCUGAAGGAGCUGAAGGUGAAGGAAUUGAUGAAUCGAAAUUAGAUAAGGCUUGGAAUAUUGUAGAGACCGUCAAUGAAGAGAAAAAGCGCCUUAACGACCAAAAACUUCAAAAACAAAAGGAUGCUGAAAAAAUAAAAGUAUCAAAAGAGGAUAUUGAAUUUAUUAUGAGAGAAAUGGAUGUGCCGAAACCAGAAGCUGAUAAGUAUUUAAAAGAAAACCAAGGUGAUUUAGUUGAAGCAUUGAAAGCAAUGGUGAAUGCAUAUUCGUAAUUGGAUCUUUUGAAGAUUAAUUUGCUAAAGAAUUUAUUAGAAAAAAAAUUUGUUAUAAUUACGAGUAAUUUUGAUUCGGCCAUAGUAAAUCGUAAAGCUUUUAUUUCUAUUUAAUAAAUCGCGAGCGUUACACACGUUACACGCACACCUGCACAAAAUUUUGGAGUUUAUUCUUACAGGACCUGGAUAAUUAUAAUAAAGGUCAU